AUGGCGGAGUGCUCACGAUCACUAAGAGAAACAGGCUUUUUUUCGGGUCCAGAAGGUCAAUUUUUGUGUGCUGACGAUUAUCGUGCUGUAACGAGCUCGUUGAGAAUCGGGACAGAAGAGCAGGUUCCUAGCACCGUUGACACAGUACCAAGCUCGCCUCCUCUCAGUUCUCCUACGGCAUGUGCAGCUUGUGGGCAGCCUCUGCAAAGCGGGCAAGUUUUACUUGCUUUGGGACAACAGUGGCAUGUUUGGUGCUUUAAAUGUUCAGAAUGUUCGGCAGUAUUGCAAGGAGAGUAUAUGUCUCAUGAUGGCAAGCCGUUGUGUCUUCGGGAUUAUAAUGCAAAAUAUGGGGUUCGAUGUUACGAAUGUGAUAAAUUCAUAGCGGGAAAAGUUUUACAGGCUGGCGGCUAUAAGUUCCAUCCAACGUGCGCAAAAUGUUCGAGAUGUGGCGAACAUUUUGGAGAUGGGCAGGAAAUGUAUAUGCAGGGUGAUGAAAUUUGGCACCCUCAAUGCGGGCAGAUAACAAAUAUCGAAAACCAAGUGCCUCCAGAAACUCAGGUUGAUCAAAAAGGGAUUCAAGAAGGACCUAAGUACCACAGCCAUUUUGGUCAGCAUUUAACGUAUAUGUAUCUCUUGCCAGAAGCUGAGCAGACAUAUCUGAAGCAUCCGAUCCCGCCGCAUCCUCCUCAACCUCCUCAAUUUCAUGCCCCUCAAGGUCCUGUAAAAAUAAGAAAAUCGAGAAUGUCGAUGCUGAAAACCGGUAUGCAAAGACUAACGGAAGAUCUAGAAAAGAACUCUGUUCCACGAGCGAAAUCGCCACAUAUGGAUAACGAAGAGCCGAUAGAAAUGGCUCAUUAUCCUGCUGGACACGCUCCAGACCCAGGCAUCGUUCCUCCGAUUGAACGAGAAGAUUUCCCAGCACCUCCAUAUCCAUAUGCUGUUGAAGAAUUGAAACGACGUCUCUCCUCCUCUUCUGUGGAGAAUGAUGACGACAGCGAUGAUUAUGAUGAAGCAGAUAAAAUUGACGAAGAAAAAUUGAAAAGAGCAGUGGAGCAAUUGGAUCCAUAUGACAAGGAGUCUUCAAUAGCUCAUGCUAUAAAGCAGAAUUUAGAAGAAGCUCAUAAGAAACAGAGAUUGCCAUUACAUUGGGAUCCUCGAAAUGCGAGUCGUACACCAUCUGCAAAGAAAAUGCCGCAUUUGCGAUUCCGAUACGAGACGCCUAUCAAUGCCUCACCUUCGCGUCACUUGAACCGUCCAAAACCUUGGAUUUAUUGGCAAGGAAGCACGGAUAAAGCAGCAACAACUUCAAUUCCAUUUUUCCAUAUUCCCGCUUCUCGCGUUGGCAUGAGCGGUCGCGCAGCAACGAUGCCUGAUGGUUAUCGUUACGGAAAAGACAUAUCUAUGGAUGGGUUUGAUACAACAAUUAGUUCACAUUUUUCGGAUCUCCCAGAAGACAAAAGUAUUGUUUUAGAAUCUUUGAUUGGCGGAACUCUGCCGAGGAGCUAUGACAUGCAUACUAGCGGAACAGGACCUGGAGGUGGUGAAGGUCGGGGUGGCCUGCGUAGUUCACUACCUGACAUGAGUAAACCGGCAAAAAUUUAUCCGUUACAAGAACUGCAGACGACGAAUAAAACGCUGCCGGAAGAUGUAGACCGUGUUCAUCUUGAGCGUCAUUUGGAUAGAGAGGAAUUUGAAAAGACUUUUGGGAUGAGUCCCAUAGAAUUUUACAAACUUCCUGAGUGGAAGCGGAUUAACCUUAAGCGCAAAGUUAAGCUAUUCUAG